GGCACAUUUCGAUCUUCCGCGUAUAGCUUUCCACUUCCAUCUUCGGACGGAGACAACAUGAAAUAAAAUUAUCGCUAGGUAUUGGAGGGGGAAGUACGCCGAGAGGUUUGCACAUGCAGGUAGGCAGGCGGGCAGGCAGGCUAACUAUGAUAUGCCAUGAUAUAAAGGUCGACUCUAGGUCCAAGAUGCAAUUUCUCAUCCGUGGCCAGCACCUUCACCUGAUCGAUCAAGCCUUUCUCCUUCCUCUUUGCAGAAGAUGCACUUCAUUCGCCUCGUUCUUGUCGCCGUCGGCGCAGCACGCCUGUCGUUGGCGGUGGCCACUUCUCGUUCGGGGCUGCUCCAACGGGCCGACACACAGCAAUCCAUCUACAGCGCCAGCCCACCCGCCCCCCCUGCGCCCGAAGAUAUCACCGUUAUUGAGCUGCCGCUGCCCCCCGUAGCUCCCAACAAUGUCAUUGGCUCUUGCACCAAAGUCAUAAACUCUCGCGGCACCGGCUGCAUCGGCAAGGUUACAGGACUCGGCUCUGGCAACUUCCUGCCCGACAACAAACAUGUCGUCGCAUCCGUCAUCUUUACCGGCGCACCAGCGGCCCCUGAUCCUCGAAGUAUCUACACGGGCCUACAGCUGAUCAUUGUCAAGGCCGACAAGACCACCUUUCCAAAUGGCGAUCCCUGGAAAUGCAUCACGUGUGGCAUGCCUCCCGCGAACCAACUGGGUCGUGUGGAUCUCAUGGACUAUCCCCAGGCAUUCAGCGAUGGCAAGCGUGUUUUGGCGGGUCCACAGGUUAUCGACUGCAGCCCCUUUCAGCUGUCUAGCAAGAAGUGCACUCCCGAUGUGACGCACAUCUACCCAAUCCGCUGGAAUACAUCCCCAACUGGCGACGGCGCUGGCGGGUCCAUACGUGAGCUACGCUUGCAUCCCGAGGACAACCACUUGGGCUUCAACUCUCUGGCCAUCGGCAGCGAUGGCAGCGUUUCGCAGGCGGCAUACAUUGGCCGCUUUGUGUUCAACAAGGCGCCUACCAUUGGAACUCCACUCUCAGCCCGCUACGAUCUUAGCAAUGUCACGGCCCUUAUAGACCCUCAGGAACGAGCCCAGAUUUAUGUUGAGGGUAACGAACUCAAGAUCAAUCAGAGUGCUAUUGGCAUUGGGGAGCUAAGGGGCUUUAGUGGAAGUGGUCAAGAGGUUACAUACAUAGGAGCACCAACCGAGUCGUGCAACAUCGACGUCUAUGCCAUACACCUGAUCACGGGAAAGAUCCGCCGCCUAACUGCACACCCCGAGUACGUCGACCCGGUUGAUAUCUCCCCUGAUGAUGCCUGGACGGCUGUGAUGGAUACGCGAGGCACUGGGCGACAGAUGUGGCUUUCCGGUAUGCGUGGCAUUCCACCCAUCGUUGACAUGGUCGCAACUGCAGCGAUAUCCUCUACUCGUAACAAUGGCGAGAGACGUUUCUUUCAGCCUUGGCUCAUCGAUCAAUACGGUGAUCGAGGUCAGUACUUUGGCCAACAGAUCAAUGGUGCCGGAGACGGCAGCCCUGGGAGCGUUAAUGAUCCCGAAUGGAAUGGCAGAGCCGAUCCAAAGUGGUCGCCUGAUGGCACGCGUAUUGUGUACUACCAGGCGCAAACCGUCUCACCGGAGUGUGGGGGGAUAAACCCCCUGCCAUGCUACAACUCUACAGAGCCAGGUGGGCGUCAAGAGCGCAUGAUGAUGGCCACUCUUACCAGUCGCAAGCCAUGCACUCGGCGAGCUCCCGUGCCAUUUGCUGAUGUCGUUCCAUGGGGUACUCCAUUCGUUCCUGGAAGCACCAUCAGUUCUCCUAGGUACAUUCCAGGAGGCAAUUAUACUCUGCGGGGCCAGGUUUCUGGCACUGCUAUGGUGGAAAUCACCGGAGGUGCCGAUAAUACCUCUAUUGAUACGAUCGCUGUCACAUACUUCAACUACUCAGACGAUGGCGCUUCCAUCCUUAAUGGAGGCGAACGGGUCACAGUCACAACACCAUACGGAGGUCAAAAUGAGGUCGACUGGUUCUCAGACAUUGUUCAGACAGGGGCAACACAUGGAACGAAAACCACUACUCCAGGUGGUUUGCAUCUAUCUGUCAACGUCUUUAAGAACCUCGCCAUCUUUACUGGUAAUUUAACUACUACACUUGACGGUACAGUCUGGUACCAACCUGCCAAUGGAACCUAAAGACGCUUCAUAAUAGAAACAAGGGAAGGCAAGUACAGGUUAAAGAAACACGAUUCGAAUUAUUUACAGGAGUAUCACGGCCUUAUUUAAUAGACGACUCUCUUUAUUCUCCUUUAUUCCAAGCUGUCCUCCUACUAUACAAUAGACAAUGAAC